AAUACUGUUUUGCAAAAAGGUUUCGCAUGUUCUUGCGCAAGUUCUUCUGCAAUAUUAGAAGCAGCGAUUCAAGAAAACUAUGAUGAAUUAUCUAGUGGUGACGAUAAUAAAAAUGAUCGUAGUAGUGAUAGCAAUUAUAAGGAAGAUUAA